UAGUCUGUCACUGUCACUCUGUCGAGCAAUAUUAUGUCAACAACAGGGGAAUGGCUAUAUUAUUAAAUUAAGAUUUCCUUUAACAGUGAUUGUGUUAAUUAUAUUUUCCACAAAUAAACGAGUAUAGAACUUAAAUUAUUUUUUUUACAUACACUUUUACACUUGUCAUAUUAAAAUGUGGUACUUAUGAAGGAUUUUUGACACAAUGUGACCAAACCUUGAUUUUUCAGUUUACACUGUAGCAUAUUCUCUGUUAAUUUUGUAGAUAUGUGUUGUCAUGCAGAAUUUAUAUGCUUCUUCCUGAAAGAUCUAAGUUAGUUCGAAGUCAAAUAUUAUAACUCUUCAAAAUGGACAAGGCGAGCAGAAAAGAAUUACUGGCCAUUAUUACUAAACAAGAAGAAGAUCUUAAUCGUUACAGAACCAGAUUUCAAGAUGUUGUUGCAGCUCACAAGCGACUUCUUAAAGAAAAAGAAGCCUUGGACAUAAGUGUGAGGGUCAUGAGCAAGACAUCCAGCCAAGAGAUUCCAAUUGAUUCUACUGACGAUGAAAUACCAACUAAUGUGAAGGAGGAAGUUGAAGCUAUUCCCAAGGAAGCUGAAGACAACUCGAUGGAACAGAUGAAAGCUCAGUUGAACACGCUAAUGAACUCAAUUGCCACACUUUCAGAGGAGAAAUCCAAAAUGGAAGCUAGCUUUCAAGCUGACCGGAAACAAGCCAGGACUGAGAAAGAAGAGAAAGACAAAAUCAUCAAAGAUCUCCAAAAACAGUUGGAACAAGCAACAAGAGCUCAUCAAAAUGAGUUAGAAAACUACAAGUCUAAGCUGAUAGUGGAGCGGCACCAGAGAGAAAGAGAGCACAAUGACCAUGGAGUUAUGAUAAGGGAGUUGCAGAAACUAGUAUCAGAGGAACGGACGGCACGGGAGGCCAUUGAGACAGGAGCAGAGAGUGUGAGGCGAGAGUGGACUCAGUACCGUAGUGCUGCAGAGCGUCGAGAGCGGGAACUGAGCAACACUGUAGAGUCUCUGAGACGCAAGCUCAAGCGAGAGAAGGAGUCGGCCACACCUCUGCUGUCUACACUACAGGAGGAAAUGGUGGCCAUGAAACAGCAGCAUAGCGUGGCCUUGCUCAAGGAGCAAGAAAGAGCUUCAGAUGCCGAGGAGAGAGCUCGCAAGUUGGCAGCGAUGCAUGAGGAAAGAGUGGCUAACUUGGAGGCAAGAUUGGCAGAACUUUCACAAACUGUGGGGAGCUAUGAUCGACUGCGACAGGAUGACCAGGGAGCCAUUCUCAAGCUCAAGGAUCGCCUAAUUCAACUAGAGUUAGAGCGAGGUGCAGAAAAAGCUGAUGCUGAUUUAGAAGCCCUUGUUGAAAAGUUUCAGCACUUGAAACAGAGUAUAGAAGUGGCCAAUGAGACAGCCGAGAAAAAAGUGGACUUAAAAGGCAUCUUGAAGGAAUGGCAAGAGAACAUGAUGGUUGAAGCGUAUGCUUCCACUGACCACUCACUGUGCCACGAGGAGUACUCCAAACUGAAGCGUGAGUUUGAAGUGUACAAGCAACAGCAGCAGCAGAUGGCAGUGUCAAGUGUGGUGGCGGCCAAUAACAGUGGGUCAGGGGAUGAGUUUGAGCCACUGAAAGCGCAGAUAUCAUCCCUCAAGGAACGAAUCAAUCUGUUGACCAAUGAGCUGGAGCAGACUCAGGCUGACCAUGUGCUCCUGAUGGAGGAGCAGAGGAAUGAACUGAAGAAGGAACGUGCACGAUGGAAGGAGAAGCUGGCGGCAAGCGAGCAAGAGUCAAGAAGUAAACUGUCAACACUGGAGGAGCAGUUAACUAGACAGAGAGAUCGAGCUGUAGCUCUCAUGCAGGAGAAAGAGCAAGAGAUAGCUUCACUUAAAGCGAGCUUCCAUUCCCUCUUGCCAUCUAGGACACACAAGCGCUCUCAGUCAUCUGACAAUGAUGGCAGCGGAGAAGUGGAUACUGAGAUGCUAACCGAGGGACGUCACAUGCUACACUAUGUGCAUGAGUCUGCACGAUAUCAGGUGGAUGUUGCUAAGCUUCGCAAACAGAACCAUAGGCUGGAGACAACAUUGCGCGACACGCAGAGAGCCGCAGCUGAGGAGAGAGUGGCUCUCAACCAGAGAGUAACCGAGCUGCUAGAACAGGUUGACAGAUUGGAGAGGUGCCAGUCGCGGGAGGGAGCUAACCUGGAGUACCUGAAGAAUGUGGUGCUGAGCUACCUGCUGAGCAGUGAUGCCAGCUGCAAGGCUCACAUGCUCAAUGCUAUCGCGGCUGUGCUCAAGUUUAGUGAUCUGGAACAGCACAGAGUCAAACAGACGAGUUGGUACAAGAGGUCUGGCUCACUGGCGUAACCUUUCCCUUCAUUAUAUUACUAUUAAAACAUAUUAUUUUUAUUGUAAAGGAAUGAAUAUAUUUUGAGUAUGUAAAUAUUGUAAAAUAUAAAUAUUUGAACAUUCA